AUGAAUCUCGAGACAGAUUGGUCUACUUUACCUGAUCUUCUAUGGUAUGCAAUCUGUCGAUAUUUAGGAAAAUCAUCAUCAUCCAGUUUAAUUAAUUUAUCGAAAACAUGUACGAAAUUGUAUUCAUUAAUAAAUCACACGUGUUUUUGGACCUACAUUAUACAUACCUGCUACGGAAAACAACUGGCACAACGUUAUCUGUUUGACAUAUUUCAGAGCACAAAUAAUCCUAAAGAUUUAUUAGAAAAUAUUAUAACCAACGAAAUGUGGCUUAAAGACUCAUAUGUUGUCAGAAGAUAUUUCGUCGAGUUGUUGAUGUUUGCUACUUUAUCACCAUUGGACAUGAAAGGUUAUGCAGCAAAAGAACGUUUUUUCACAUAUAGAGCUGAUAUGUCAUUGCAUGAUAAACUUCAAAUGUCGCUCACAUUCGAUAAAUUACAAAAGAAGUAUCCUUUGUUGUCACAAGAGUUAUUCGAUUCAAUUCCAUUAUCAAAAUUUAUCUAUUUUCAUCUUACCCAACGUAAACGUAUAUUAGCUGUGAACAUGGAUUCUUUAGAAUAUUGUCCUGUAACAGAACGAUAUAGACCACCCAUAACAAAAUACGACGAAGAUUUGAAUGACCAUGUAGCUUUGAUAUCUGAAAGAUAUAUUCCAGCACUUCGUCAUACAUUCAAAAGUGUAUUACCUGGAAAAUAUGAGAUUUUGAGUCGUCUCAAGCUUAUCAAAAUUUCGCAAGAAUUUGACAAUUUCGAUUUUCGCUGCCUUAAAUAUAACUUUGCUGCUUUACCAGAAUAUGGUAAAGCAAUCUACAUCACACAUGAUGGUUGGUGGUAUGAGAAUAAUUAUUUGAAAAAUAAAAACAAUUGGUUCACAGACAUGUGGGGAACCACUACUGUCUAUGAAUUAUCCGACAUUUAUGUUGCAAUGGAAUUUCAAUUAGGUCUAGAAUUGCCGCAAUAUAACGUAUUAUGUGAAUAUAUUGAAUUAAAAAUUGUUGUUUAA